CGUGAUUUCUCCACGACUCGAGCGGGUCUGGGUGAGGACACGUCCCCGCCUCGUGGGGCCGACGCAUGCCGAGAGUCGGCCUCAGCCUCGGGGGCUGCCCGGCCGUGUGGCAGUGCGUGGGCGGCGCCGCGGCGGGCACUGCGCCCUGCGAGGGGCUGGCGGGCGAGCUGCAGGCGCUGGAGAGCAGCAUGAGCAGCUGCCCUCCGGGCCAGCUGACCGCCGCGGCCAUCGUGGCCGCCCACGGCGAGGAGGAGGAGAGGCGGGCAGCCAGCGACUUCCGGCUGCCCCUGGGGCAGGGCGCCUCCCUCGCCCAGCUCGCCGCGUCUGGCUUCCCCGUGUUCGGGGCGCUGGAGUGGCUCGCGAGAGAGGUAGCUCCCAGCGUGGACGCGGCUGCAUCCCCCUGCGUCGACCAGCACUCUCGCGAGUUCCACGCCGCCCUGGCGCACCACCUGGAGGCCUCCGCUGCGGUCCCAGCUGCGCAGGCCCUCGAGUACCUCCGUGCGGCCCCCGCGGCGCGGCCCUGCCCGCUCGGCGAGGCCGCGGGGGUGCUCUCGCUGGCGCUCGCGGCCGCGGGCGGCGCGCCCGAGGACUUGGAGCAGCUCCUGGACUGGGCCGAGGGCCUGCUGCUCGCGACGGGCGCCACGCUGCUCCAGGGGCACGAGUGGUUCGUGUGGUCGCUGCUGCACCGGAUCGGCAUCGCGCUGGAGCAGAGGGAGGGGCCACCAGAGGAGGUGCCAGGCGGCUGCGUUAUAAUGAUCUACGCGUGGCCGACCGAGGAGAUCCGGAACGACACGGCCGAGGCCGUGCGACUGCUGGAGAAGUUUUUCUUCUCCCCGCUCGGCGUCUCGUAUCCGCUGGUGGUGUUCACGGACCCCGAGACCGCGUUGCGGCUGGACGCGGAUCUUGGGCAUCUGACGUCCGCGAAGGUCGUUCCCGCCGUGAUACCAGUUGAAGAGUUGUCAAGGCAAAUGUCAUCAUACAGCUGCGUCGACGGGAUUGAUUGCACGGCUGGCCGUACAAUGAACAGCUCUGCGCACCGUUUGUCCGUGAAUUCCACCCAGUUUUGGUCGCCCGACUACCUGAGGAUUUCACGGUACACUGCGGGGCCAUUAUUCUUGCACCCUGCGUUGGACAGUUGUGGGGCUUUCCUCAAAAUCGACGCGGACCUCUUCCUGACGGCGCCCAUGGAGCGCGACCCGAUCGCUGAGAUGCAGGAGGAGGGCGCUCGCCUCGCGUAUUGGCAGAUCCAUGUCCAAGGACAGCGCCAGCGUGGGUACAUGGAUGCGGCCAUGGCUUACCUCGAGGACCUGGGAGGGACUGAUGCCGUAGACGUGACAGGUCGUUGCCUCCUCGCCCCUGCAGCUUGCCAGACCCCGAAACCUUGCCUGCCGUGGUGUGCGCCAGUUCCGUCUGAC